AUGUGGGGGGUGCCAAUAGCUAUAAUAGAUGUUGGAAGACAGAAAGCAAAAGAAAGACUUUCAGGCAUUGAAUGGGAAGAGGUUUUUGAUUCAAUUGAUUUGAGUGAAUCAUUAAAGAAAUUGGAACCGAUGUAUCAUGAAUUGGAUGAAGAACUCAUGGCAUGUUUCUUGCAUAUGUCCUUUUUAAAGGAAAAUGCAAUAAUGAGGAAUGAAAAGUUGGAACAAAUUUGGGUUGUAAGUGGAUUAAACACAUUGAUAGGAGGAUUAAACACAUGGACAUACGAUUUAUCUAGUCACUCCAUCAUUGAAGUCGUAGACCCAUACCAAAUAACCAAUAAAGUGAAAAGGUGUCGCAUGAAUCCUCUAUUGCACAAGUUAUCCGUCAAAAAAGCAGAGGAGGAAAUAGGCUUUGAGGUCUUAAGCAGCAAUGGAAAUAGUAGACCCUCUCCGAAUCCUCGUCAUCGUGUUAUCCAUUGUGGCAGAGAGAAGCUUAAUCAGACCAUGAAUCAAGAAAAAAAUCUUGUUUCUCUCAUCUUCCAUGGCGGUGGUCGCUACUUGGACGAUGCUGGUCAUUCUUAUUGGAAGAAUUUUGAACUCCUCAAGAUGCUCGACAUGGAAGAUUUUGGGGUGAAGACUUUAUCAGAAACUAUGGGCACAUUGAUUGAGUUAGGGUAUUUGGGAUUGAGAAACAAUUAUAUUCAAGAGAUCCCUCACUCAUUUGGAGCCUUGAAAAAGCUCGAGGAACCUUUGAAAGUAGAUGCGUUAGAGAAUCUUAAGACCCUAACCUACAUCUCGAUUUAUGAUUGGAUGUACGAGGUCUCAAGCUUGAAAAAGAUGAUUUGUCUUCAAAGAUUGGGUGUUGAAGAAGUUGAUGAAAACUCAGAUGUAGGCAAGCUCUUUGCAUCACUAGCUUUGUUGCAGCACCUUCGUCACCUUACCUUGAGAGGGUUUCGUUUCAAAAGCAUACCGUGUUUGGACAAUAUUGGUGUUCUAGACAGACUGACACUCAAACUGGAUGGGCAUUUGUCUAGGCUACCAAGUGCCAAUAAUUUCCCUCAGCUGAUUAAACAUUUGGCUUUGGUAAAUACUCGUCUUGACGAAGAUCCGAUGCCAGUACUAAAGAAGCUGCCCUGGCUAGAGUGCCUCAAAAUGAAGAAUGCAUACAUGGGUCGGGAAAUGUCUAUACAGUUCAGCGGGUUUCCCGAUCUCCUAGUCCUACACAUCAAUGAGUUGUGGAACCUGAGAAAUGUACAAGUAGAAGAAGGUGCAGACGCUAUGCUUGAGCAACUAGAAAUCAUGAAUUGUCCGCAUCUGGAGACCCUCCAGCAAGAGAUUGGGUCGAUGAAGCGUUUGCAGAAAUUUAAAAUGAUUGAUGGAGCCAAUAUCACCUACUUACCUCUGCCAAAGAGUUCCUUCCAAAGAGAACUAAUGAGAUCAGAUCUCUGCCAGAAAUCAAAUUGGCUGCAAAACCGUGAUGUUUGA